CUUUAGUGAGCGUGUUAUAGAAACGCUGUUCCGAGACGUUAGCGCAGUCUAGGUCGUAGCACUGAUCACAAUCUCCACAAUAUAAAUAUUUCCUAUCAGGAAUUGUUUGCCGACAUCCACCACAAAUCAUUUUGUCACCCUCCAUAGCUGAGCUACUAUGAAUUAGUUGCAGUAAGACGACACGCCACAGAAAUAACAAAAAUUUACCAAUUUGGGGAAAGUUUCACUAUGUGGCAACACUUUGGGCUUAUCAAAGUGAAAACUGACGUUAUUAUUUGAAUAUGACAGCUUCGAUACAGUUGUCAAAAUGAAACUGACAGGUUGUCAGUUGAAAUUGACAUUAAAAUAGCGUGUGAGGGUAUUCAAUAACACUAUAAUUUAUAAAAAUUUUUGCGGGUGAAAAAAUGCCACUUAUCUUGUUCAAUAUCUUUCUUAUCCUUUACUUUUUCCCCUGGAUAACAAUUGUGUAGCUUUGUUGAAGGAUGCACUGCACUACACAAACACUUUGACUUGAAAAUUCGAGAAGUUAUUUAAUUUUUGAAAAUAGAAUUACGUACGAAGUAUGAACAGUGGCAGGGUUGCCAGAUCUAUCUCAAUUAUAUGAUUAAAUCGCCCAUCCAAAGACUUAAAUUGAUUUUAAUUUAAAAAAAAAUCAUCGCAAAACAUUGACUUGAUGCCUCCCUAUAAUAAAUGAUAGUUAAAGUAUUUUCCAAAAUGUUUUUAUCAAAAUCACAGUAGACACCAUAGAGACGAAGUGGUAAGGCAAAAAUAUAAUUAUUCAAAGAGAAUAUAAAUAAAAUAAUGACAAAAAUUUUGUGCCUCGAGAGUGUGAAAAGUGCGAAGAGUGAAUUCUAUUAGAUUUAGAGGAUAUUGAGCUAAUAUUUCAUACGUUCAAUUUCAAAAACAAAUUAGAUAUGGCUGGCAAAAUUACAGACCGAAAAGGCAAAAACAAAGAACCUAAAUCAGGAGCCAGUGAAUUGUCCGAUAAUUUAGCAACAUUCGCUCUUCCCGACAGUCUACCUUGCUCCGAAGUAGAUUUCCCUAUACUGAUAAGGAAGAAAAACUUGGCAAACUGGAAAACUAUUUUGGAAGAAACUGACCAACAAUUUCACGAAAUUGAAAAAUUCAAUGAUAGCAAAAAAGAACCGGUCCCGAAAUCACCGUUUAUUAAAACUGAAUGCGAUUAUAUAAAAAAUGAAAUAUUUGUACAUCUACUGCCUGCUUUAGAAGAAACUCUUAAUAAAGCAAAGAUAUGGCAAGCUUUACAAAGGCAAAACUGUUUCUUCAAUGGUAUAGAUCAUAUUGUUCAGAUUUUAUGGAACAACAAUCCUCGCUACCCAGAGCGACAAGGCAAAAACUUACAUUUAUUCAACAUGCCCUGGGUCCGCCAAUAUCUAAAAGAGAAUCCCAGACCGCUUUACCCGAAGUCUUGGUUAUGGCCAGAGGAAUACGCUGCUACAAUGAUACAGAAAACAGUCAGGCAAUAUUUUGUUCAGAGAGAAGAGGAAGUUCAGGAAAUGCGUGAUUUCUGGAAGAAACUCGAAUUGGAACGCAACAUCCCCGAUAUGGAAACCAAUCCAUUUUUGGCCAAAAAGUUUGCUUCAGUACAGAAUUUUCGUAAAUGAACACUACAUUCAUUUAAUUAAAAUGUUCUUUUUUAUUAUUAUUGUUACCUUCUAAUUACAAAGCCACACUAAUUAUAUAAACAAAAACUACCGAAUACUUGUUAUUUUACUUGAGAGGUACUCCCUCAUAAAGGGAUGGACUUGCAGGCUUGCCUAAACCCAUUGUGAACUCAACAGUCGGCUGCUCACCAGGUUGGGCAACUCUAUUCACUCUAUUCGGGCUUUGGUUGUAACUGAUUGGCAUUACCAAUUCUUUCAUAAC